GUUUUCGCGAACCGUUAGGAGGUUAGAAAGUUUUGCGCUUGUUUGUAGUCGUCGCGACGCCUCUCUACGAUGCCUCAGUGCCCUAAAAGAUUGUUGCCAGUAGCGCUGUGCGCGGUUAUAACGAAACUGGUCUCUCAAAUUACGUGCACCUUGGCUUGGAACAGAAAAAAAAACGUAUUCACUUCAACAGUUUCAAAUUUAUCAUUGGUCUUUUUUUUCAUGCUCCGUUUCCUUUGAAAUGAGAGGUGGUCCUGCCGUAGCGGCUGCUCGUCGCCAUGAGUCAUAGUUGGGGGUAUUCGGGGGCAGCGGCCGUCUUAUUUCUGGGAAUCGUCGCCAGCAGAUUUAUCGCGCCCGCCUCCUCUACUUUACCACCUCAAGUAAAAGUAGGUGCUAUUUUCACCGAAGACGAGAAGAAUGGCCCCAACGAACUAGCUUUCAAAUACGCCAUCAAUAAAAUCAACAAAGACAAAACUUUGCUACCGUACACGUCACUCGUCUAUGACAUUCAAUAUGUUCCUCGAGACGACAGUUUCCACGCCAGCAAAAAAGCUUGUCAAUUGGUCCAAUACGGCGUUUACGCAAUUUUUGGUCCUUCGGAUCCCCUACUUGGAUCUCACAUACAUUCUGUUUGCGACGCAUUGGAUAUACCUCAUCUAGAGGCUCGGCUCGACGUCGAAAGUGACGUUCGAGAAUUUUCUAUAAAUUUACAUCCUACGCAACAUUUGCUCAACGCCGCUUUCCAAGACGUCAUGACGUUCUUGAAUUGGACAAGAAUAGCGAUAAUAUACGAAAAAGAGUAUGGUCUUUUGAAGCUUCGUGAAUUGGUUAAGUCUCCGCAGAAUAACGGUUUGGAGAUUUUUUUAAGACAGUCAAAUCCGGAUUCGUAUCAGGACGUUUUAAAGGAAGUUAAGGAUAAGGAGAUACGUAAUAUUGUCAUCGAUACCAAACCUGGGAAUUUACAACUAUUCCUAAAAGGGAUAUUAAAACUGCAAAUGAACGAUUACAAAUAUCAUUAUCUUUUCACGACUUUCGAUAUGGAAACUUUCGAUUUAGAAGAUUUCAAAUACAACUUCGUUAAUAUGACCGCCUUUCGAAUAGUCGAUACCGAGGACAUUUCCGUCAAGGAAAUCCUGCGAAGCAUGUCGAAAAGUCAGUUUAAUAGAGACUUGCGACUUUUAAAUUCGACUUUCAUCCAAGCAGAAGCCGCUUUGAUAUACGAUUCGGUUUUUGUGUUCGCUAUCGGGCUCCAGACGCUAGAACAGUCGCACACUCUAAAACUGUCAAAUUUAUCUUGCGACAAAGAACAACCUUGGGACGGAGGACUCAGUCUCAUCAACUAUAUUAAUUCGGUAGAAUUGAAGGGUUUGAGCGGGCCUAUUGAAUUUAAAGAAGGGCGUCGCAUUAAAUUCAAAUUAGACUUGCUUAAAUUGAAGCAGCCUGCUUUAGUGAAAGUCGGCGAAUGGCAGCCGGUUACGGGGGUCAAUAUAACGGACAGAGCCGCUUUUUUCGAUUCGGGAACAAUGAAUUUCACUCUUGUAGUUACCACAAUUUUGGAAACUCCGUACGUAAUGAUGCACACUACUAACAAUUAUACGGGAAAUAAUCGAUUCUACGGAUUUUGUAUCGAUAUUUUGGAUCGAAUAUCUCAAGAAGUAGGAUUCGAUUAUUUACUCGAUUUAGUACCUGAUCGAAAAUAUGGAGCGAGAGAUCCCAGUACUGGUCUUUGGAAUGGUAUGGUAUUGCAGCUAAUGCAACACAAAGCUGACUUGGCGGUGGGAUCGAUGACGAUCAACUAUGCCAGAGAGAGCGUUAUAGACUUCACGAAACCCUUCAUGAAUCUUGGCAUCAGCAUUCUAUUCAAGGUUCCAAAAAGUCAGCAAGCGAAGCUUUUCUCCUUCAUGAAUCCGUUAGCUACCCAGAUUUGGUUGUAUGUCCUUUCUGCGUACAUUUUGGUAUCGAUAACGAUGUUCGUUGUUGCCAGAUUUUCACCGUGCGAAUGGCAGAAUCCUCAUCCUUGCGAAAUCGAUAACGCAUUAGUGAAAAAUCAAUUUUCUUUGGCGAAUUCUUUUUGGUUUACCAUUGGUACGCUAAUGCAGCAAGGAUCGGAUCUGAACCCGAAGGCAACUUCUACGAGGAUCGUCGGCGGUAUUUGGUGGUUUUUCACGUUAAUUAUUAUUUCUUCGUAUACGGCGAACUUGGCGGCGUUUCUAACAGUCGAACGGAUGAUUACUCCAAUUGAAAACGCCGAAGAUUUAGCUGGUCAAACGGAAAUUUCGUACGGUACAUUGGAGAGUGGUUCCACUAUGACUUUUUUCAGGGAUUCGAUGAUCGAAACUUACAAAAAAAUGUGGCGAUUUAUGGAAAAUCGAAAACCCUCCGUAUUCGUUCCGACGUACGAAGAAGGUAUCCAAAAAGUCCUCGACGGAAAUUACGCUUUCCUAAUGGAAUCCACCAUGUUGGAUUACAUUGUCCAACGUAAUUGCAACCUGACCCAGAUCGGAGCGCCCUUGGAUUCCAAAGGAUACGGUAUAGCGACGCCGAAAGGUAGUCCUUGGCGGGACAGGAUAUCCUUGGCCAUAUUGGAACUCCAAGAGAAGGGCGAGAUUCAGAUGUUGUACGACAAAUGGUGGAAAAAAAGCGGCGACAUCUGUCAUCGAAACGUCAAAGGCAAAGAAUCGAAAGCUAGUUCGUUGGGGGUGGAUAAUAUCGGAGGGGUUUUUGUCGUGCUUUUAUGCGGAUUAACUUUCGCCGUUAUUAUCGCAAUAUUCGAAUUUUGUUAUAAUUCCAAGAAGAACGCUUCGAACGAUAAAAGAUCGGCUAGUGUACCCCAUCAAUCUCUAUGUUCCGAAAUGAAGGGCGAAUUCUGCUUCGCUCUGAAAUGCGGAGGUUCGCGUCAACGGCCCGCUCUACGAAGAAAAUGUUCGAAAUGCAUGUCGGGCGUUUCUUACGUACCGGCGACGUUAGACGUUCCUCCACAUCCACCUCUACCUCCGGUGAGAUCUAUACCAAGAAAUACGACGGAGAAUCCAUCGAAAAUUUUUUAAAAAUUUCCCAUACGGACCUGUUCGAAUAAUAAGCACAUUCAUAGUGACAAUCUAGAUGUUUUUAGAUAAAAAAAAUGUUAAAACGAAUAAAAUGAAUAAGUAAUUUUUAAAAA